CAACAAACCAACAGAGGAAUGGCAUUGCAACCCGGAUUGUGCUGACAAAAAACACAUGCAACAGAAUAAAAGACCCUGUGCAUCGUGAAACAACACAACGACGAGAAACAGAAGAAAAGCAGUGUUCAUCCAUAUAAUCGCGUUGCUUGAUGGGCCUUUUCGCUAAGAUAGGAUUCGGCCAACACCACAGACUCUCUUCUCUCAACCCAUAGUAUAGACGCAGCGACUUUGCAAUACUCUGGCGGCAGCUCGCACGCACCGUAAUAGGGCUGCCAAUAGGGAUCCCGUGAUCGCAUAUCAGGCACUUCUCCUCCGCACAACUGUCUCCGGCCACUCCUUCCAGUCAACCAGUGUCCAAACUGCAUAUGCUUCUUGGACUAGUAGGGGUCCUCUGUGCGCAUUUAUAUCCUGCCACUUGUUGCUGUAAGCAUUAACCCACAUAAUUAGAUUAUUAAUUAACUAUGCCGUCUACUCAUCAAAAUGACAACCGAAAAUGCGGCUACAAAUGCAUUAUUUCUUCCUGCCUUUGUGGAUAUAGAGACAGUUCCACCAAUUUUCCUGUGAAGUUGUUCACUUUUCCAUCAGAUCCAUUAUUCUUCAAUAAAUGGGUUGAAGUUUGUCGUUUAGACAAAAAUUUGGUGAAGAGAACUGCACGAAUUUGUGAACGGCAUUUUAAGCCUGAGUAUAUAGGAAAGCGUCGAUUAAAGUCCAAUGCGGUUCCAACAUUAAACCUUUCUCCGCUGACUCCAUUAAAUGCAAGUAUUUGUAAUGAGAAUACAUUUUCUGGCCAUUCAGUAGGCAACAAACCAAUUGAAAAGCCAAUGAAAUCAAAGAGAAUCAAACUGGACGAAGUGCAUGAUAAGAUUUCAAACAACCUAGAGCAAGAGUCUGAAACAGAAACGUCUGAGGAUGAUUCUUUGGCAGAUUAUGACUUAAAUGCAAGUAUUUGUGACGAGAAUUCAUUUUCAGACAUUUCAGUAGACAACCAACCAAUCGAAAAACGUAUGAAAUCAAAGAAAAUCAAACUGACCGAAAUGCAUAAUAAAGUUUCGAACAAACUAGAGCAAGAGUCCGAAACAGAAACGUCUGAGGAAUAUUCAGUUAAAGAUAAUGAAUCGGAAGAUUCAUUUGAAGACAAUGAAUCGAUAGAUAUGGAAUUGUGCAAAAAGAUGACAAAAAAAGAUUCGUCCGUUAAAAAAAAACACUACCGCCCAAACGGUUGCAGGUGCAUUAUUUCUUCCUGUCGUUGGGGAUAUAGAAAUAAUACGAAAGAUUCCCGCGUUAGAUUAUUCCAAUUUCCGUCGAAUCUAGCCUGGUUUAAUAAAUGGGUUAAGGCUUGUAAUUUAGACAGCAAUUGUAUCAAAAAAACUGCACGAAUUUGCGAACGCCAUUUCCAGUCCAAGUAUAUAGGAAAGCUUCGAUUGAAGCCCGAAGCAAUACCAACACUGAACUUGUCUGAUAAUACUCUAUUGUCUCCAUUGAAUACAGGUAUUUGUGACGAGAAUACAUUUUCAGGCAUUAAGGUAUACAAAACACCAAUUGAAAAACCUAUAAAAUCAAAGAGACUCAAACUGGGCGAAGUGUAUAAUACAAUUUCAAACGACCUUGAGCCGGAGUCCGAAACUGAAACGCCUAAUGACGAUCCAUUUGAAGAUAAUGAAUCGAUUGAAAUAGAAUUGUCCAAAAAGGGACCAAAAGGAGAAUCGUUCGCUAAUCAAAAAGACAACCAAAAAUGCGCUGGCAAAUGCAUUAUUUCUUCUUGCCUUUACGGACAUAGAACAAAAAUUACCAAUUUUUCUGUAAAGUUAUACAAAUUUCCAUCGGAUCCAUUAUUCUUCAGUAAAUGGGUUGAGAUUUGUCGUUUGGAUAGAAAUUUGGUGACAAAAACAGCCCGAAUUUGCGAACGGCAUUUUGAUGCCAAGUAUAUAGGAAAUCUUCGAUUGAAGCCCGAAGCAAUACCAACGUUAAAAUUGUCUGAUAAUCCUGCAUUGAAACCACUGCAUGAAGAAAGUUAUGGUGAGAAUUCAUUUUUAGGCAAUGCAGAAGAUAACGAACCAAUUGAAAAACCAAUGAAAUCAAAGAGAAUCAAACUGGCUGAAAGACAUAAUACAAUUUCAAAGGAUCUAAAUCAAGAGUCCGAAACAGAAACGCCUGAUGAAGAUCCCCUAGAAAAUAAUGAAUCGAUUGAUGUCAAACGUUGUGAAAACUGCAUAGAAAAGGAGAAAAACGAGGCAUAUUUCACAAAAAAAUACUUUGAGAUAUUGGCAGAAAAAAGAAAAAAAGAAGAAGACUUUAACAAAUUAAAGAAACGAUAUGUGGCCCUAAAAAAAUGUAUAUCUCGGGACAAAAGGCGUCGGAGAAUUAGAGCUAACACAAAUUAUUGUGUUCUUCCCAUAAUAGCCAACAUGUCUCAUGUUUCUGCAGAAGCAAAAGCUAUAUGUAUCAUGCUUUUGAAAAAGACAAAGAUAUUUAGCUCCGCAGAAAAAGUUAUUGCGCAAAAUAUACACUUUUACUCGAAAAGGACUUAUGAAUAUCUCCGAGAUGUUUUACAUUUAAAUUUGCCAACAAAUCGCUCUUUAGAUCGAUGGGCUGUGCGUUUCGGACCAGGAUUUAGUCCCGAUUUAGUAGGCGAGCAGUCCGAGUAAUUGCUAAAGGUAAAAUAAGCAGUAAUUGUGGCGAGGUCUUCGUUUCAACUAUAUAUGCACAUGAUACUCAAGGCAACGAAAAGUAUGGCCAAAAUUCAAAAAGCCGUUGGGGAGACAAGUCUGUGUUUUCAUGAUUAGAAAUCUGGAAUUAUAUUGUAAGCAAAUGGUACAGAACACAAACAAAAGUAAUUGCCUCGGGGCUUAAUGUAAUAACAGCUAUUUGCAAUUUAAAUUUAUAUUUAUUUCAUGCUAUUUUCCAGCGCUACAAGCCUAAACUUAUUAUUAAUUACUUAUUACUUACUAGGAGUGAGUUAUUUUCUUUCGAAACCCAUAUUAAACCAAAGGCCACUGUUCAAACAAGAACUCAUUAUUAAACACGUUCAAUUAUGUAAACCGAACUCUAUCGUUUACAUAAAUUAGCGGGGUGUGAGCGGAGGUCUAUUAAUCCAUUAACAAGCACGACAACAAAACAAAAGUGGAGAAACACUUAUCCAAUAUAGUCCCAAAAUAACACUUAUGGAUGCAUGCACUCGAAUUGCAAGCCGCAUUAACUUUGUAUCCAUUCCGUGGGUCUUGCACCUCAUACCUUAUUGUUAGAUUAUAUAUGUAUAAGGCUUGGAUUUUAAGAAUAAAAUUGAGUUCGAAUUUACUACUCAACUCACAA